GGGGUAAACUGUUGGGCAAGUGAGGUGAAGUGGGACGAAGAGAAGGGAGAAGAAAAAAAGGGUGAGUACUACCACCGAUAUCUGUCAGGUUAUGAUAAUAGGAGGAGCAUGGCCGACGGGAUACAGCAGGCAGGGCUGUCCCGUCCAUCCCUCCGCCAUCCAUCCCACAAUAUCGCUCUCCUUUCCUUUCUUUCUUUCUUUCUUUCCUUCUGUCUCUUCUCCCACCUACUUGUAUAUUCAUCCCCCUUCCCCGGUCUGCUGACGACGAACCCCCUGGCUCUCUUGUUUGACUCUGGAAACCAACAUUCGUUCUUGCGCGUCUACACUUUUUCACCAACUCCGCCACUGUUGCACUUCCUCCCCCGUCACUACCUAUCCCCGAAACCACCACCGCCCCCUAGUAUAAUACCGGUAGUCAUAUCUUCCAUCUUAUUGCCCUAUUGAACAAAGCGAAGCGGAGGGAGAAAAAAAAAAGUGUGAACGGCUCCCCAAACGUACGGGGAAGAUAAUAUCCCUACUCAUCACCUUAACCCCUAUACUUAAUCUGAAUGUUUUCCUCCUUUCAAGCCCUACAACAAAAGGCCUGCCCUCCACAACAAUCUGACAAGCAAUCUGGAAACAGUUUUUCUGGAUUGUCGGUUGAAGUUGCUGAAAUGGAGCAAUCCGUUCCCCUGGUCAAUGGUCGAUCUUCCUCGAAACUUAAUGGCGGUGUUGUGGUCGUGAGUCCUGACCACCAGGUUGCCGCUGCCUCGGAAGGAACGACGUCAACAGCAAAAAAAACAAAUGGGGUCAGCGGCGAACACAUUAUCUCGGUGUGUCCUGCCGAUUUUCUCCCCGUGUCUACGCUCGACUGCUUAUAUGGGACUCUAGGACUGCCCUUCCAGAAAUUCGCCAAAUAUUGCAAACAUGGUCCCCCGAGCUAGAGCUCAUCGGGCCUCGACCGUCUCCCAGCUCCCACCCUUCAUGGUUUCUGCCCCUGGAAAAGUAAUUGUUUAUGGCGAGCAUGCCGUUGUUUACGGCAAGGUAACAUUUUCCUCCCGAUGGACCCAUGCGGUAUCUUUUGAGGAAGUUUUGCUCACGAAACGCCAUGGUAAAGGCCGCAAUCGCAGCCGCGCUUUCCCUUCGAUCGUAUCUAUUGGUAACGCCUCUCCCUAAGACGAACCGCACUUUGACCCUCAACUUUACCGAUAUUAGCUUGAACCAUAGUUGGGAGAUCGAUUCUCUGCCAUGGGCCAUCUUCUCCAAGCCCGGUAAGAAGAGAUAUUACUUCGAUACCGUUGAGCGCUUGGACAAGGAGCUCUUGGAAACGGUUAAACCGCUGGUGGCAGCCAUUCCUGGAAAGGUGCAACAGGCGGCAGCCUCUGCCUUCCUCUAUCUCUAUCUCAUGCUCGGAUCCAAACAUGCUCCUGCUUCGAUCUAUACUCUCAGAUCAACAAUUCCUAUCGGCGCAGGCUUGGGCAGCAGUGCGAGUAUUUCUGUUUGCCUAAGCACAGCUCUCCAACUGCAGAUGGGGACUUUGGCGACGCCAUUCGAGGGAAUGUUGUCGAAUGAGACUCAAUUGCAAAUGAAGAGAAUUAACAACUGGUCGUUUGUUGGAGAGAUGUGCAUUCAUGGUAAUCCAAGUGGCGUGGACAAUACUGUGGCAACAGGGGGAAAGGCUGUGCUUUUCAAACGAACGGAUUACACUCUGCCCCCAGAGGUUACCCACCUGACGAAGUGAGCCCCCGGUAGUUUUCCUCGUAUGCUGGAUGCAUUAAUUGACGCACCCCGCAGCUUUCCGGAGCUCCCUCUACUUUUGGUCGACACAAAACAGCUGCGGAGGACUGCUGAGCAGUUGGCCAACGUUCGUAAUAUGCUGAACGCGCAUCCCGAGAUUACACAAUCAAUGCUGGACACGAUUGACCGUAUUACGGCCGAGGCGCAUGACGUUUUAUCGGAUCCUGAUUUCACUUCUUUUGCUGGAAGCCCAUCCCUUGCACGGCUCGGUGAGCUUAUUCGCAUCAAUCAUGGUUUGUUGGUCUCGCUUGGCGUCUCUCAUCCAAAGUUGGAGCGGAUUCGAGAGUUGAUUGAUCACACCGGGAUUGGUUGGACAAAGCUUACCGGGGCGGGAGGAGGAGGGUGUUCAAUAACUUUGUUGAAGCCGAAAGUGAAGGCCAACACCCUGGAGGAACUGGAUUCUAAACUCAGAGUGGAAGGGUUCGAAAAGUAUCAGACGACUCUCGGAGGGGAUGGUGUUGGUGUCUUGUGGCCAGCCGCCGUGGGCGAUGCUGAGACCGAGAUCACCCAGGAAAUGUUUUUGGGAGCCGAAGGUGUGGAGGGGGUUGAAGCGUUGGCUGGGGUGGGGGCCAUCGGCAAAGGGAUCAAGGGAUGGAGGUUCUGGCGGGAGUGGAUUGCCGAGGGCUCAGAUUUCUGCCUGCAUUAGUGCCAAAUAUUGGGUUCGGGGUUUAUAACAAGUUUAAUCACUUUUCGCUUCCAGACUUUUAUUUUGUCCUAUUUUUUGCUUCUUUAUUUUUCCUUCUAUUUUUCUUUGGCGGUAGUGCGCUAGCUUUGACUCUUUGGUUGUUUGGCGUGAGUGCGGACUGAUUGGGGGCUUGUACGAAAAUGGGAAUUCGAUUUUAUGUAAGGGGUUGUUGCGAGCAGAAUGGAGAGUUGAGCUAUCUAGAGGUGGGCUGGUUUUGGCUGGUUGAUUUAGCACUUGAGACCCGGCGGUAAGUUAGUAGGUACUAGUGCAGGUACGAUACGAUAGAGAUUGUACUCGUAAAGUGAGUUGGUUCAUCACAACGCACUCGGGUGCCACCGUGCCACCGUGCCACCGUGUCUGAACUGUUGAUACACCCAGACUUCGUGUGCUGGAAACCCGCGCUGCACGCAUCGGGCGGUGAUUUCAUCGUACCCCACCAUCUGAUCGAUCCUUGUGGUCGACCCGCUCUCAGCACCACCCCCGCACCAUCUCCCUUUCACAGCUACAGAAACCACUUCCCCCAACCGACCUUCCCAACCUCACCCAACAAAGAAGAGAAAUCGACGAAAGCAAAACAAAAAUCAUCAUCACCAUCACCAUGAACCCAACACCCCCGGACUCCUACGCUACUGACCCAGCCUGGGCCGAUCUCCUCCCCCUCCCGCAGGACGACGGCCAAAAUCCACUCGCACAAAUCGCUUACACGGAGGAGUAUGCCGAGGCAAUGUCCUACCUCCGCGCCAUCAUGGCCAAAAACGAACACUCCCCGCGCGUGCUGCAGGUCACGGCACACAUCAUUGAAAUGAACCCGGCUCACUACACCAUUUGGCUAUACCGCGCCAAGACGCUGCUCGCUUUAUCCGCCGCUGGCGAAGUACAGUUGGAGCGCGAAUUAGAGUUUUUGAAUGAUUUAGCCCUGCGACAUCAGAAGAAUUACCAGAUUUGGAACCAUAGGCAGACCGUCGUCGAAGCUGUCGCCGCUGCCGCUCCGAUGGAGCAGGGGCGACUGGUGAGGGAGGAGAAGGAGUUCAUGGACGCCAUGUUCGAGGACGAUGGGAAGAAUUACCACGUGUGGAGUUAUCGUCAGUGGCUUGUUCGUCGGUUCGAAGCUUGGGACGGGGAGUUGAGCUUUGUGGCCGCGCUGUUAGAGAGGGAUGUUAGGAAUAAUUCGGCUUGGAAUCAUCGAUUUUUUGUGGUAUUUGGGGGGAUGGAUGCGCAGCAGGGAGGGGAGGAGGGGGAGGUGAUAGCGAGGGAGAUCAGAUUCAUUGAGGAUGCGGUAUUUAUUGCACCACAGAAUGCUAGCGCUUGGAAUUAUCUUCGCGGGUCAGUGGUGUCUCACUUAUUAUCGUUCUUAAGAUUGCCUGGGCUGACGAAGACAAGUGUUCUCAAAAAGGCUCACAGGCCGCUAUCCUCUGUCGAGAGCAUGUGCUUGGGAUACGCGCCCCUCGAUAACCCGGAUAAAAUUACCUCCUCUCACGCGCUCGAUCUGCUGGCCGAUAUUUACGCCGAGAAGAGGGAGGAGCAUGGAAAAGCGGUCAAGGCUCUCAAGCUGCUGGCUGCUAAGUUUGACCCUAUCAGGGCGAAUUACUGGAACUACAGGCUGGGGCUUAUCGGGGCUGCGGCUUGAAUGUGAAAAAGGAAUCGGUUAGGUUCCGCUGCCGGGUUCUUUAGUGUUGCGUUUGAGUCAUUUUAUUUUUAUUUGAGAUUUUAGUUCUCACUUGCGCUUGACUCCGGUGGUGGUGGUGGGUAGUCAAUGGUACCAUUACGUUUCGGACCGGUUCCAUGCUUACUGCUUGUUUCUUUGGUUGGAUGGUUGCUUGGUUGCUUGGAGGAGGGGGAGGGAAAUGAUUGCUUGACAUGAAAUCUAUAAUGUGACAAUACAAACUAUGUUGAACACCGCCGCCCCCCCGCGACAACAUCGGCGGCACCUCAGUUGGUAUAAGCCUGAGUUGCCAUAGGGGCGUCCAAAUGGCUAUAUGUCUUUCUAUACUCUGCCAACAUUUCCGCCGAUAUACUGUUCCCUACACCGCAUCAUCAGUCCACCUAUGAGCGCGCGGGGGAGAAGGAAGGAGAGAUACUCACCUCCACAAACCACCAGCACCACAUUGCUAUCAGGCCCCAACUCAGGACACACCUUCUUAAGCACAUUAUCAUAGACCACAGCCGCGGAAAUCCCACAGGCCGGCUCAACAGCAACCCUCUCGUCAUCCAUCAACCUCACCGCGCCCAUGGUGGCCUGGGCGUCGGACAGAACAACGCUACGGACAUUCCCAUGACAUGCAAGCUCAAACGCCCUCCUUGCAACCCUCCUCGUGCCCAGGCUGGUAGCGAUGCUCGUGACAGCAUCCAACUCCACAAGCCUGUCCGCCUUCAAGCACGCAGCAAGGCCCGCAGCACCUUCAGGCUCCACUGCGAUCAGGGGGAUGUGCCCAAGCCCACGUUCCAGCAGGCCCAUCUGUACGCCACAUAAGAGCCCGCCACCGCCGACGGAGAGGACGACUGCGUCGAGGGAUUGCCCCUCCUCCGCAAGCUGGUCGAGGAGUUCGUCCACUAGCGUCUUGUUCCCCUCCCAGAUAUCCUCUGCAUCGAAGGGUGGGCAGUACACCCCUGUGGGGUCUGUUGCUACCAGCGCGCGCGUGUGCUCGUCGGCCUCGGACCAGCUGGCGCCGUGAGUGACUACUGUUCCCCCGGCUUGCUGGAUUUUGGACUUCAUUAGGGGGGUUGUCGUAGUGGGCACGAUUACCGUUGCACUUUGGGAGAGGGAGCGGGAAGCUGUCACUGCUGCCAGGCCUUUUUGUAAUGCGUUAGUUUGUUUGACUGGGCUAAUGAAGGGGGUUGGAAUGGGAAGGAGGAAGGGCAUGCCUGCGUUACCACCGCUUGAGCUGUAGAAACGGAUCGGACGAUUGGGUCGGGAGUUGACGGCUUUCAGGCAGUAAUUUCCAAUUCCUCUGUUGACGGGUGCGCAUGCGUUAGUUCCUUAACAUUCGAGCUCAGUUUGCCGUCUAUGGAUGUCGCUGCAGGAUAGGGCGGGCAGGAGAAGAGAUAGGAGUCAUACCGAGAUUUGAAUGAGCCGGCCGGUUGGAACAUGUCCAUUUUCAUGUGCACUCUAC